AUGAUAUCAACAGCAACAGGUACUAUUCCACGAAAAACUAGAAAGCUUUCAAUACCAACAAAUCCUACGGCUCCCCCCAAAACGGCUGCUGCUACAGUUAUGGAGUAUAUUGUUGACCGAAAUAAAAGUAUUAACUGCCCACCACCAACGCAGCACCCUGUUGAAGCUUUUUUAGCAGGGAUAGCUCCAGCUUUAAAAAAAUUAUCCGCACAAGAAUGGCAUUUCGCCAAAGCUGAAAUAUUUGCUACUGUCCAAAAAUUCGAAUUUAAUAUGUUGAACAGACAACAACAAUUUCCUUGCACAGGUCCUAAUGAAACGUGUUCGACUGGACAACCUUCUCCUUGGGAUGGCCAACAAUCAACCUCUUCAUGGUAUGGCCAACAAUCAUCUACUAGUCAAAGUAAGGAGAAUGAAGCAGAUCACUUAACAUUGAGGGAGUAUUUCCAAACCCUGCCUUAG